AUGGAUAAUUUAUUAAAAUACAGAAAAUUUAUUGUUUUAGAAAUACUACUGAUUAUAUGUACAUAUAGAAUAAUUUCAAAUAUUUUUAAUAAUUUAUUAAAUAAGGAUUGUACAAAAAGAAACAUAUAUGUAGAAGGAUAUAACUGGAAUGUAUUAGAAAAAUGGAAAUCAAUAAAUAAAAAGGAAAAAUUAGAAUAUAAAAUAAAUUAUAAUAUUGGGUUAAGUAUAGAUGCAGAAAUUGGUGAUUUUGGUGAUUAUAAUUCAGAUGUAAAAACUGAUCUAAUUUUAUAUAGAUAUGAUGAAGAUAAAUUAGUUAGUACUAUAUUUGUGUACAUAUUUAGUGUGAAAGAAAAUAAAUUUGUUUAUUUUACUGAAGUUAGCUUUCAAGGAAAAAUUAUCAAUAUUACAGCAAUAGACUUAAAUUUCGAUGGCUCCUUAGAUAUUUUAGUUUUAUUUUCUGAUCCCCAAAAUAGUAGUAGUAAUAAAUAUUAUAUAUGUGCCUUUUUUCAAAAUGAAAAUGAACACUUAGAAGAAGCAUGGAAUUCAAAAAAAAAAGAAGAAUUAAAUGAAAGUAUAUCAUAUAAUGAGAAAAAUGAUAUAUAUUAUUCUAAUAUACAUCCACUAGUUUGUGAUAUAAAUAAUGAUGGAUUACCCGAUAUUAUCGGUCAGCAAAUAAAUAGUAAUAACUCUUUUUUUAGGUUUGUUUGGAUUAAUAAUAAAACUGGUUUUAAAAGUAUUCUGUGGGAAAAUAUGGAUAUUUUUAAAUAUAAAGAAUUGGGUGAGAUUAGUAACCCUAAUUCUAGUGCUAUAGUAGAUAUAAAUGGAGAUUGUAAAUCGGAUUUAGUAUUUACUAUAAUAAAUAAUGAAAAUAAAAUUUCUUUAGAGAUUUGGUUAAAUAAAAUUGUAGAUGGCAAAAGUGUAUAUAUAAAAGAUGCUAAGAAUUAUGUUCUUCCCGUAAACUCUCUGCAAGUUUUAUUUGGUGAUUUUAAUGCAGAUGGAUCAAUUGAUUUAGUUGUACCUACUUGUGUUAAAAAACCUCUAUGUAAUAAUUGUUGUGUUCAGGAUGAUAAAAUUUACUUUAUUCCAAAUAUACAAAAAAAAAUAUGUGAUAAAUCAUGGAAAAAAGUAGAUGAAACCAAAUGUAGACCUGCAUCUAAUUUAUGUUCAGAAAGUGAUUUUGAGUUUAAGGAAAAUUUAAAUAAUGAUUUUAUAUCUAUAGUCGAUAUGAAUGAUUUACAUUUAUCUGGAAAUUCUAAUUAUCCUUAUUAUUUGAGUGUUGGCGAUAUAGAUAAUGAUGGUUAUUUAGAUUUAUUAAUAACAUUAAGAAAUGAUAAAGGUAAUAAAUAUGUAAGAAUAUAUAAAAAUGAGUUCAAAGAAUAUGAUGAACAACAUGGUUUAGAAAUAAGAGGUUUUUAUAAUUUUUAUCAAUUUGUUACUUCACCUAAUGAAUCAGUAACUGAUGUAUAUAAUGCAGCAUUUUUUGAUAUUUUUGAAAAUGGUGUUUUAGAUAUAUUAAUAUUUGGAAAGUAUAUAAAUGAUAAUAAAAAAACUAAAUAUGCGGCUGUUGGAUUCGUAAGGGAUAAUGAAACAGAUUCUUUAUUUUUAAAGUCUACUGCAUUAAAUGGAAUAUGUGUAAAUGAUUGUUAUCAGAAAAAUGAAAAAAUUAUAACUAAAACAUUUGGUGGGAAUGCGCAUGGUCCAGCAUUUAAAAUAACAGUAAUUGAUGUUAAUGGAAUUAAAACAAGUAGAAUUGGAAUUCAAAAAAGUCAGUCAGCUCACUCUCCACUUCAACUACCUUAUGUUUUUUUUGGUUUAGGUAGAACAAGCAAUUAUGUAGAAGAAUUUUAUGUAGGUAUGCCAACGCAUGAAAAGAAAUAUUUUAAUAUGUGGGUUUCUAUAAUUCCGAAUUCUCACAUUAUUGUUAUUCCUUAUCCUUUAAAUGAUUCUAAUAAAUGGCAAAUUCAACUUUCUGUGAAUCCUUCAAAAAAAAUUUAUUCCAUAAUAUAUAUUACUCUUAUAUGCUUAACUGUUAUUGGAAUACUUAUUUUUAUUCUAGACAGAAAAGAAAAAAUUGAAGAUUCAAAGGAUGAACUUGGAUUUAAAAGUCAUUUCGUUAUAGGAUAA